UUUAGACUUGUCGUUCAGUUUUCGCAAGUCCCUGAGCUUUUCGUGUUACCACUCGAAUCUCAGCACCUUUUAGUAACUUCACAAAAUGUCGUUCGGCGGCCAAACACCGACAAUCGUCGUGCUGCGCGAGGGCACCGACCAGUCUCAAGGACGAGGCCAAGUCAUCUCUAACAUCAAUGCCUGUCUCGCGGUACAGUCGACUAUCAAGGGCACAUUAGGUCCCUACGGCGGUGACCUGCUCAUGGUCGACGCGAACGGUAGACAGACAAUCACAAACGAUGGAGCCACAGUCAUGAAGCUCCUCGAUAUCGUCCACCCCGCCGCCCGCGUUCUCACCGACAUCGCACGAUCGCAAGAUGCCGAAGUUGGCGAUGGCACAACAUCCGUUGUUGUGAUCGCCGGAGAGAUACUGAAGGAGAUCAAAGACUUCGUCGAGCAGGGUGUCAGCAGUCAGACCAUCAUGAAGGGCCUGAGGAGAGCGUCGAAUCUUGCCGUCAACAAGAUUGUGGAGAUCGCGGUUGACACAGCCGAGGGCAACCAGCGCGAUACCCUGCAGAAGCUUGCGGCGACUGCCAUGAGUAGCAAGCUGAUUCACAGGAACGCUGACUUCUUCACAAAGAUGGUCGUGGAUGCUGUGCUUACACUGGAUCAGGAUGAGCUGAACGAGAGGCUCAUUGGUGUCAAGAAGAUCACCGGUGGUGCUCUCCAGGAUUCGCUUUUCGUCAACGGCGUCGCAUUCAAGAAGACUUUCUCGUACGCCGGAUUCGAGCAGCAACCGAAGUCCUUUAAGCAGCCCAAGAUCGUUUGUCUGAACGUCGAGCUUGAGCUCAAGAGCGAGAAGGACAACGCAGAAGUGCGGGUGGAGCAGGUCUCGGAAUACCAGGCCAUCGUGGACGCUGAAUGGCAGAUCAUCUACAACAAGAUGGAGGCAUUGUACAAGACAGGAGCCAAGGUCGUUCUUAGCAAACUGCCCAUUGGCGAUCUUGCGACACAGUACUUCGCCGACCGAGACAUCUUCUGCGCUGGACGAGUAGCAGCAGAUGACCUUGACCGCGUAUGCCGCGCAACCGGCGCAAGCGUUCAAUCGACCUGCUCAGACAUCAACGAGAAGCACCUCGGAACAUGCGAGAAGUUCGAGGAACGACAGAUCGGAGGAGAGCGUUUCAACUUCUUCGAGGGCUGCCCCGAGGCAAAGACCUGCACACUUGUCCUCCGUGGAGGUGCCGAGCAGUUCAUUGCUGAGGUAGAGCGAAGUCUGCACGACGCCAUCAUGAUCGUCAAGCGCGCAAUCAAGAACAGGAACAUCGUAGCUGGUGGUGGUGCUGUUGAGAUGGAGAUCUCAUCAUACCUGCACAACUAUGCCGACACAAAGAUUCCUCACAAGCAACAACCGAUCAUCAAGGCGUUCGCGAAGGCAUUGGAAGUUAUCCCCAGGCAGCUCUGCGACAAUGCCGGUGUUGAUGCCACAGAUAUCCUCAACAGGCUGCGCGUAGAGCACAGGAAGGGUAACACCUGGGCCGGUGUCGACUUCCAGACCGAGAGCGUUGCAAACAACCUGGAGAAGUUUGUCUGGGAGCCCAGUCUGGUCAAGAUCAACGCUCUGCAAGCCGCUACAGAAGCCGCUUGCCUGAUCUUGAGCGUUGACGAGACAAUCAAAAACCAGGAGUCACAGCAAGCACAAGCCCCGCAACAGCAGCUGCCGCCCGGCGCUGCCCAAAGAGCGCUUGGGAUGGGCGGUCGCGGUCGCGGCCGUGGCAUGCCCAGGCGGUAGAGCAGCCGCGGUGGGUAGGAAGUUGGAGUGUACAUCACAAUCACCACAAAGACACAUCGACGUCCCAACGGCGCCGAGAUAAG